AAGAGCUGAAGAAAGAAAGAGGAGCAGGGAAUUUCGGAAGAAAGGAGUUGCUCUUAUUUAUUUCAAAAUUUGCCUUUAAAUUAUUCUUUGCAUCGAUUCACUGAACGCAUUUGUCGAGCAUAUCUUGCGUGCGGACACUACUAUAGUUAUUGCCUACAGAACUUUUUUUUUCGGCAAGUUAGUUUUUCUAACUUCCUGACCAUAUUUUCAGAGAAUUGGUAACAGAUCUGACAGAAAUUCGGAAGAAACGAGUAACAUCCCGCUCUUUUUGUGCUCGGUUUCCCAAGGACUGUUUUCUUGGAAGAGAACAGUGAAAUAGUGGGAAUAAGGGAAAAGUUGGAGGGACGGAACUGAAUCGGUGCCUCACUGUGGCUGUGGGACCUGCUGUACCUCUCCGCCGAGCGACCGACACGAUUGUUUUUUUUUUUCAUUUUUAUUUUUAAAUUAAAUGCACAAGAAGUCGAGGAGUUCAAAUAAUCGACAUAUCUGUCUCCUCUGUCUCCUGUGUCUCUCCUGUGUCUCGGUGUUAAAGCGUUGACCGUUUAACGGGGACCACAAAGGAAGAGGACCGCUAUACGGAGCAACGGGGACGCGCAGCUCGAGCACGAGAGCUCCGGUUUUAACGCUCCUUCUCACUUUUUUACCACUUUUUUAGUUCACGUAUUUCCUUGGUUUAAAAUUGUCUGUCGGUGCGAUAAAAUCAGAUGGAUUUACAGUCAAUACUGAGCUGUAAUUCCCCUAUUAUAUCAACAGCUCGGAAACGAUGAUUACAUCCAAGCAAGAAAUAAUCCUCCUAUUAUGCCUUAACUCUCUUAUUUAUUUUUUAUAACGUCUAGUAUUUAUUGCUUAUGUUCUAUACUCUUUAAUUUAGACAUUUCAACUGCUGUAGAACUACUUGAAUGUUUUCAUUGUGCUCCUUACUCUGUAUUUAUUUCACUGGUGUUAGGUCUUAGUUUUGGCUCUACAGCCUAAGAACAAUACUGCAAGUUUGUUCGUUUGUGAUAGAUAAAGGAAGCAGAAAUGGACCGACUCGGAACCAAGUUACUGGAGAAGUUGAAACGAAACGAAAGUGUGAAAUUCCCCAUUUCCAAGAAGAAAGGGGACACUGGGAAUGCGAACAAUAACAACAGCAGCAGCAGCAGCAAUGCGGCAGUGCCAGCAGAAGGCACGGUCAGUUUGUCUCCGGGCUCGGGUUCAGGUCAGCCUGCGCUUUCCUCCCUGACCCCGGCUGAGUUGCUAAGCCAAGGGACCAGGGCGGGUGGCCAUGGAGUUAUUUCUCAGAGAGUUUCUCCCGUCACGGUCCCUCCUGAGGGCAGCCGGAGCAGCGAACAUCACCACGCUCCUGUGGCUGCACCCGUCCGCCGCCGCUCUCCGCAGCAGCAUAGCCGGCGAUAUGUGGCUGAAACAGGGGACAUCAGGGCAAACGACAUGGGCCUUUCAGAGGCUCCGCUGAGGAACAAGCUGCCUGGGGUUGGUGAGCAGUCUUGGCGGGAUCUGAUUCUUAUGGAGUCAGACCCGAUGCUGCUGGGGAAUGGGCUGGGCCCGGAAAGUGGCAUUCGGCAAACUCCGGGCCAGCGCCGCUACUCCUUGGAGCUCCAGCAGCUCGUCCAGAGGCAACAGCUCUUGUCCCAGCAGCCGCCUCUGUCUCCGGUCUCCUAUAGGGUCCCUGGCGGGGCCCUACAGCGGUACAGCGCUGCCGAAACAAGCUUCCCCCUGGAGCAGGAGCGUCACAAGCGCUUCUCUUUGCAGGAAACUCUUUCCUACAAGCGGAAUAGCACAGGAGGGGAACUCUGGGACCGGCCCUCAUCCCUCUCGCAUCCACCAAGCCGUGUCUCUGAGCUGGGAGGAGGUGGCGUCCUCCCAGGCAUGGCUCUCAGCCCCUGCUCCUCUGUCAGCUUGCAGGAGUCCGUGCUAACCAGCCCCCGCUCCAGCUUUGCUAGUACUGCCAGUGGGGGCAGUCCUAUGGGUAGCCGCUGCAGUAGCAACCGCACUAGUGGCAUCAGCUUGGGAUUCGAUUCCCGCUACAGUGCCCUGCAGAUACCGCUUGGAGGCAGAGAGAGUGUCACCUUUGCCGGCUCAAGUCAUGCAGCUGGUGCAAGGGCAGGUGCUCCAUUUAUAGAGAUGUGGAAGGAUUAUAUUGACGGCGGGGCAGCGUCUGUUACUCAGGAUAGCCGUCACUCAUAUCCUCCAGCCUUAGGAACCCCCGCUGCGGAUUGGGGAGAGCAGCGGGCAGCUCGAGGGGGUCCUGGGGAUCGGCUGCGAUACUCGGACCUGUUGGGGACCCAGUACCAGGAGGAGCUAAUCUGCCUACUCCGGAAGGAGGUUGGGCUGCCCAGGGAGGCACAAGGAGAUGCGGCUGGGGUCCUUGAGUUAUUGGAGGGCCUGAGUCUGAAAGAACAGCCUCCCUCUGUUGGGAAUCCCAAACCUAAGGAGGAGUUUGGUGUUGUAAGGGACAGCACCGACAGCAGACAGGAAUACUUUGGUACCUGUGUGAAGUGCGGAAAAGGAGUAUAUGGAGCGGAUAACGCCUGUCAAGCUCUGGAGAGCCUCUAUCACACACGCUGCUUUACUUGCUUCUCCUGCGGCCGCACUCUCAGAAACAAAGACUUCUACAACGUUAGUGGCUCAGUGUACUGCAAGGAGGAUUAUAUGUUCUCAGGGUUUCAGGCAGCGGCGGAAAAGUGCAGUGUGUGUGGACACCUGAUCUUGGAAAAAAUCCUGCAGGCCCUGGGGAACUCGUACCAUCCUGGCUGUUUUCGCUGCGUUGUGUGUUCCAAAGCUCUGGAUGGAGUUCCCUUUACGGUGGACUACCUCAACAAUGUCUACUGCGUCUCUGAUUACAACAAAACCUUUGCUCCAAAGUGUGCUGCCUGUCUUCAGCCCAUUCUGCCUGCUGAGGGCAGUGAAGAAAUUCUAAGGGUGGUAUCCAUGCAGAAGGAUUAUCACUUUGAGUGUUACCACUGUGAGGACUGUGGAAAGCAGCUGUCUGAUCAGCCAGGCGCUCAGUGCUUCCCUCUGGACUCCCACCUCCUCUGCCAUUCCUGUCACAUGACCAGGGUGUGCGCUGCCCACAGUCACCCCCCCACACACAACGUGCACUGAGAAGUACCAGAGACCACAACACACCUGAACCACAGAACUCCCUCAUGCUGCUUGUUUCCCGGCUUUUGCAUCUGUUGACAUCAGAAACACCGCCUGCAACACACUUGUAGGGAAACGUAAGUCAUAGAGUAAUGUCUUCAAACAUAUCUAGUAGUCUGUUUCUAGCGGCGCGAUAACAUACACACAAACACACAGACAUAUAAGUGUGUGACGGAUGUCAGUAAGGCAGUCGGGAAGCCCGACUCAUAGUGUAGCCCCAAGCACAUCCAUCACCGCAACAUUUACUCUAAAAUUAUUCAUCUGCUUGGACAUACUGAAGAAAUUCAGUACCCAAGUGCAGAAGGUAGCUCGGAAAGAGGCUGCAGCAUGGGACAUAUGUGAAUCACAGGUGGCACAGUGACUGGCAGCAUUACAACUUUCCAGGCUCUGUUAGAAAAUCGCACAACCUUGGUCCUCAUGCUUUCUUUGGUAUCAGACAUCGCUAUGGAAACAGUAACUAGUGAAAACAUAAGACAAGUUGCAAAUAUAUCCUGCUGAAACGAUGGUGUUACAGUGUCGCUCUCACUGAAGUCUGUGUUCACUGGGGUGAGAAGAUGAGCUGUAACAGAUCAAACUACUGCUUCAGGCCUGCUGUAAUUUAAAGAGAAGUACAAAAGGGAUCUUGGCUAAUUUGUUUCAUUUAAUAUUAUUAGCAGUUGUUUUGCACUUAAUGUGUUUUGCCUUUUUUAAAGAUACUGUCUUAAACAUUCCAGUGGGCUGAUUAAAGAAAUAUUUAAAUUGA